AUGGUGAAAGGCGUAAUCGGAGAAGAAACCCGAUUCCAACCCAUCGACGAUCGUCUCACCAAAUCCGCAUCUCCAGCCGAGGUAGGUCUACUCAUCGGAAAAUUCAGCUCCACAUUGGAUCGUGUUUUCCUCUUCGAUUUGAUUCCAACUCCUCCCAAUGACUCCGGCGAUCCCGCUUCUUCCAUCACCCAACCCGACAAGAAAACCGCGUCCAAGUCAAAAUCUCAAACCCCCGAUUCUUCUUCUUUGUUCAUUGAUAAGGAUUGGGUUUCCGAACAUGCUCGUCAGGUUUCUAGAAUGUUGGUUGGGGGUAUUAAGGUUGUUGGUGUGUAUGUUUGGGUUAGUGAUAAUGUUUUCAAGAAUUCAACCAUAAUGCUUUGCCAGACUGUGAAGGGAGUUGCUGAAGCAGCACCGCUUUCAGAGGCUAACUGGGGCGAAAGACUGCUUCUUCACAUUUGUUAUGGCCAGAGAAGGUGGAAUUGUAGAAACUGCUCACUAUCUUCAAAUAUUACAUCUAGUAGUCUCCGCCCUUGUGAAUUUAAACUGGGGAAAGUCUUAAGUUCUUUUCAAACUUUUAGAUGCAUGCACAACUUUAACCUUAGGUUACCUAUAUUGCAUGAUGGUGCAUCCAAGUUCCAGACAAUGAGUGAUGUUCUUCAUCAUGCAAUAUCUCUUCAUGCCAAUGAGCUUGCAGAAGCAAAAGCCCUGAUCGAUGGUAAAUUGGUUCUUGAUGAUGAGCCAUGCUCAUCGGAUGGUGUGCAUGAAGUUGAAUUGCUAAUACCAUUUUUGAAUAGUAGUUCUAUUGAAGCAUACAGCAAAAAAGAUGUUUCUGGUAUUCUUUCUUUUAGUGGCACAGUAUGUUCUUUUGCGUACCUGAAUUCGAAAGAGCCCAUUUCACAAGCUGUGACUGAUAUAAAGGGAGAUAUCAUUACGAGCCUGCAUAGUAGAUUGGAUAUAAUCCGUGAUGAGACAGAUGUUGAUUCAGAUAACCAUCAUGAUGUUGGAAGGCAAGUAAGUGAUGAUGAUGUAUCAAUUGAAAAGCCCGUUUCACAACUUGUGCUUCAUUUAUUGAGAAAAGAAUGCGGCCUUCCUUUUCCUAGAAGAGUUUUCGCACCAUGGUUAGCAGGGACGAAUGUGUGUGAUUACUUGCAGCCUUCUGAAACUGUUGAGGUUUUAAAAGAUCACUGUAUGGAGUUGUUAUCCAUGGAAGCUCCAACCGAGGUCUCUACAAUUUUGGAACCAGAAAAAGAAGCCAUAUCUUUCAAAACUAAAUCUUUCUGGGAUGUAGCAGUGCUGGCUUAUUCAGAAACUCACCUCAUGGAGGACAAGUUGAAACUCGAUGGCAGAGGAGAGAGUUCUAGUAAUAAAUCGGCGAAGUCAGCAGCAGGUUUGGAUUUUGUUUUUGAAGGAAUGAGGAAGAUCUUGCCCAAUCGAUUUUCGAUACUCUUUCCCUGGUAUCAAUAG